UUGAAUGCAUAUUUCUGGACUUUGAAUGGAGAUUGUCACGGAAAUAUGUAAUCAAACUUUGUGAUUUUGUUAGCAAGCAAAGAAGUAAUUUUAAAUACUGAACAUGGAUACAAAACUACUGGUCAUUGUGUUAUGCUUAAUGGUAACUGUAUCUUGGACACAAGACGAUCAGUGCAAAGAAGGUAAACGCUGCAGAAAAUUCUUCCAGUAUACCAUCAACAAUCAACUACAAAAACCAUACUUCAGGUCCAGCAUCAAUCUGAGGGUCUAUCCUUUCGUGCGAAUGAUCAGAUACAUGGAAGAGGCCGUAUUGAUAAACCCAGAGGGUUUUAUAAAUUUCAGAGCAAAUUUUACAUCACCGUACGGGUACUAUGUUGAUACGAUUCAUCUAUUGACCGAAGCCUAUAAAGUCAACAAAACCUACUGGCAGAUUUCAAAUUCUUCUGGUCCCUUAGAUGUCGGUGUGAGUUCCUACAAACCAGUACCCGGCGACAAAAUACUGUUUAACUUCACUCAAGGAGGUCACUGUGGAAGAAAUUGAAUAAUAAAAACUUUUCUGUUUGAAAACAGGAGUGUGUGAUAAGGUUCUUGUUUGCUUUCUUGUGUACCUAUUCAUAUAUCUAUUAAGACUUUAUUAAAGACUCUCUUCUUAAAAAAAAUCUUAUUUGAAGUUAAACGUAAGUUUUGAUUUAUUUAAAAAUGUACGAUUUAACAUUCAGGUGUGUUAUUCAGUAUAUAUUUUUUUAUCAGAUUAACUAAUUUAAAUUUAAUAAUAAAAAUUUUAUGAAGAUUUCCGGUAAAGGAAAAUAUUUUCUAAUUGCAAACAAAUCCACUUUGAUUUCAUCUAAGAGUUUGUAUUAAAACAAUGAUUAAAUGUGUAUGUUCGUAGGUACAUUGUGUUUGUCUUUGGCAGUGUAAUGUUUGGUCAAUAAAAACGAUCAGUAUCAA